GAGCUUGUUGUGUCUUGGAGAAAAAGCUUUCUUCUUUAGUUUAGAUCGUAACUCAAAUCCCUAGCAUUCGGAAUAUCUGCAAUCCUCCUCUGUAACUGUAACAGAAGCCGGAAGAAAAUAUGAGCAGAGGAAGUGGAGGUGGCUACGAUCGUCACAUUACCAUCUUCUCGCCAGAGGGUCGCCUCUUCCAAGUGGAGUAUGCGUUUAAGGCUGUGAAAGCCGCUGGGAUCACUUCGAUUGGUGUCCGUGGAAAGGACUCUGUGUGUGUUGUUACUCAGAAGAAAGUUCCGGACAAGCUUCUGGAUCAGACUAGUGUUACCCAUCUUUUCCCCAUUACCAAGUACCUUGGUUUGUUGGCCACCGGCAUGACAGCUGAUGCAAGGACCUUGGUCCAACAAGCUAGAAAUGAGUCAGCAGAGUUUCGGUUCAGAUAUGGAUAUGAAAUGCCUGUGGAUGCAUUGGCCAAAUGGAUUGCAGACAAAUCACAGGUCUAUACUCAGCAUGCUUAUAUGAGACCUCUAGGAGUUGUUGCCAUGGUCUUGGGUAUUGAUGAGGAGAAUGGACCCCAACUGUACAAGUGUGAUCCAGCUGGCCACUUCUAUGGCCAUAAGGCUACAAGUGCUGGAUCAAAAGAACAAGAGGCAAUCAAUUUCUUGGAAAAGAAAAUGAAGAAUGACCCUUCAUUCUCUUAUGAGGAAACAGUGCAGACUGCUAUUUCUGCAUUGCAAUCCGUUCUUCAAGAGGACUUCAAGGCUACUGAGAUAGAGGUUGGCGUGGUCAGAGCAGAUAACCCCGUUUUCCGAGUCUUGUCAACUGAGGAAAUUGAUGAACAUUUGACAGCCAUCAGCGAGCGUGAUUGAUGUAAAAUCAAGAUCAUGAGUAAUUAAGACUCCUUGUUAAGCAUUUCAUGGGGUUUGAGAUAAACAAGGAGAGGAUUAUAGUUUGAAAUUAUGUUGUCCUCACCGUUGAAGUUUCAAAUUCAAGACAUUUCUUGAAUCAUGUUUCUUAAUUUCAAUCAAAAUGAUUCUGAUUGUUU